AUGUCCUUCUCAGCGACUGGUCUGCUGAAACUUUGCCGUGUUCAUCCUUUGUUGACACCAUCCGUGGUCAUAAAGUCUGCCCUGGCUCUGUUAGUAAUCUCUAGGACUAACCAUACCCACGCCCUGUUCGGCAGUUUUGAAGCUUCGCGGUCCGAUUUCCCCUUUUCAUCCGACCAAAAUGCCACGAAUGAUACGAUGGACAUUGCUGGUCCGGUCUUCAAUGUAUUGGUGAAUCUUGUCGCUUUCCGGCCCAAAGAAUCCGUCCUCAACUACCUCCUGGCCAUGCAGCAAGAGCAGAGUCUAUUCAACAAACACGCAACUGUUCCUUGGAGAGAAGUUUUCUCUCGAAUUCGGUGCACAGAUAAGACUUUUGCCCAAAUUGCCGAUGCACUUCUGUACAACUGGAUGCCAGGUCUCAGCGCCCUGGUAGCAGGACCAGUUCCUUAUGGAAGCAUGGAAGUCAGCCAAAUUCAAAUUAGGGCGAAGUUCGGAAUGCUGGUAAACGCGGGUAUAAGUCAGAACGGGACUGAAGUGAUAUUACAGUUCGAGGGAUCCUUGGCUAAUCGUUCAACAAUGUGGAUUGAGCGGGUUGGAGAGGAAUUGAAGAACAUCUGUCUUUGGCUCGUGAAAGAGGAGUCUUGGUCACUGCCGCUAGAGAAUUUUACGCAGUCAAUCUUCUAG